UUACUAUUUCACCAGAUCUGUAUCUAAAAGUUUGAAUUUUUGCCUCUGUUUGUCUGAUGAAUGGCGCAUGCGUCAAUUUCUGUCAUUUCCUUUUUCUCAGCAGAGAAAAGAACGACUAUUUUCCCUCUAAGCAAAGCAGUAAUUUUCACUUCCGGCCAGGUGGGUUGAAAAUGAGUUAAAGAUUUUCAUAAUUGAUUUUCUAGUUAUAGGGCCCAUUUUUCUUACUGAAGUCGCCGUUGUCGAGAUGUCCACGUGCGUUUCGUAUUAAUAAAACAAGUAAACCUUUGAAGUGAUCCAUAAAAAAAUAAAAUAAAUUACUUCAAAUAAGAUUUUAAUUUAUCAAUAAAAAUUGCGCGGAGAUUUUGAUUUUUUUAAUUAUUUUAAAAAUUAAUAAAAAAGUUUAAUAAUUAUUUUGAAAAUGUACGCAUUCAAGCCGCACGUGUUAACUGCACGCUCUUUAUACAGUAUUACAAAACCUGAAGGAAGAUUGGACGUAAUAUUAUGCUGUGAUGGUAAAAAUUUAUAUUUUAACAGCAUGUCUGGAAUUGAUAGCGACUUUCAUAAAAUCUGGAAGUACAAUUUAGCUGGACAACAAUGGAGAUUAUUGUCAUCAAUAAGGCAUCUAAAAAACAAACACGAUAGUCAUGAUGUACUUAUUGGUACUGCUUUUGAAUCAAAGUAUUUAGUUAUUUGCACACUUCAAAGGUAUUACACAAGACAUACACCUUUCAUUCACACACCGGCAAGACGCACAUGUCACUUAUAUGUUUGUGAUUUGAAUAGUAAAAGUAGUCUUGUUCGAAAGACAGGUAGACAAGUUCCCAAUCAUUCCCUUCGACAUAAUUUCAUUCGCCAUGGAAAAUAUUUGUAUACCAUCGGAAUCCAAAGAGAUUUUUAUAAAACCUUUUUAGAUGUAUAUAAAUUAAAUAUGGAAAAUGAUAUAUGGGAAGUUGUUUACAUCUGUCAAGGACUUGAUGCUAAUGAACCAGUUAAUGGAUCGGAUCAUACUUUAGUUUAUAGUAACAAUAUGAUUUAUAUAUUCGGUGAUGGUAAUCGUAGUACCGGAGGGCGUUUAUCUUCGUUUACUAAAAUAUCGGCGUUUGAUUUGGAAGAAAGCUGCUGGAAAAUAAUAGACACUUAUGGUGAUGAAAAUCACACACCGCAAUAUCCAACUGAUAGACAAGUAUUCGGUGUAACGAGUUAUACUGACCCAGAUUCUGGUGACAUUAACGUAAUAAUAUCUGGAGGAGCGGAUUUUAAAUUUAAUAUUAACGAUGAGCUAAUAUUCAAUGACAGUGACUAUGAUGAGUUCUAUGAUGUCUGGAGAUUGAAUCUCACAAAUUUAAAAUGGACGUGUCUCGAGAGAUUUGGUACUGUCUUACCUUCUCACAUUGAGGAUCUUUCAAUAACCAUUUCUCCUGCUGGAAAAUUGUUUAUAUAUGAUGAAAAUAUUUUUGAACCUACCGAGGAACAAAAAACUGGCAUUCCUGCUUUACACUCAACUUGGCUCAGGAUUCCCAAACUCACAGACAUUUGUUGGGAAGCUGUGUUUCAUUACUUUCCAAACUUGAAAUCAAUGACUGACGAAGAAAUCAUUUCCCUCGGAAUUCCAUUGCAGUCAUUCAAGUCGCGUAUUGAUUAAUGAAAUAUUUAUAAAUCAAUUCUUUGCAUUUAUUUUUUUAACUAAAACACCCUAGCUCUAAAAAUUGUAAGGGUUGUGAAUUUAUUACUCUUCAGUUAACCAAUCGCAGAUAAAUUUCUAAUGAGUCAAGUACAGAUUUUUUUUUAAUCAAAAAUUUUUUCUACAAAUAUUGAAGAUAAAUAAACCAAUUGUCGAAAUUUUUAUAAAAUUUACUGUUAAUUUUGUAUUAA